AUGGUGCCAUAUCUCACGUUGGCCAUUGUGGCCAUUGCGGUCGCUUAUGUGGUACACACGUACCGCUGCUUCCAGGUCAAUCUGGCGGCUGCCAAGAAGAGCGGUAUACCGUAUGUGUGCACGCCAGUGUACACGUUCAAUACGGUAUGGUUGAUCACCCAUCGGCUAUGGAUGCCUUUCAUCGAGAUACUGCCUCGUUCGUGGACGGAGGAAUACAUCGAACUCCUCGUUCCCGAGUUUCUCUGGAACCAAAAGCAUGAAAUAUUCAAGAAGUACAACAGCGAUGUCUUGAUCAUCGUAGCGCCUGGUGCCAAUACGCUCUAUGUAGCUGAUGCCGAUGUCAUCAGCCAGAUUACUGCCAGGAGAAACGACUUCCCAAAGCCAGUCUGGAUGUACAAGGGCAUCGACGUGUAUGGCAAGAAUGUCGUAUCCACUGAAGGUGCCAACUGGCGCCAUCACCGCAAGAUCACCAGCCCACCCUUCACGGAAAAGAACAAUGUUCUGGUUUGGAAGGAGUCACUCCGUCAGGCUGAGAGCAUGAUGGCAGGAUGGACUACAAAGGAUGCUGAAGUUAGCAGUCCAGUCUGGAGCGUUGCUACAGAAGCUAUGAGGCUGUCUUUGCAUGUCAUCAGUCGAGCUGGGUUCGGCGUGGGCUUGUUCUGGCCGCACGAGAAGAGCGACACGGAGAUCCCAUCAGGACACAAGAUGUCCUACAAGGGAGCAUUGGAGACGCUUCUUCACAACCUAAUCAUUAUGAUCUUGACACCCCAGUGGAUACUGAAGUAUUCGCCGCUCAAAAUGCAUAAGGUUGCGUAUCAAUCGUUCUGUGAGUGGGGCCAGUACAUGCGAGAGAUGUACAACGACAAGCGUGCCGAGGUCAAGAGUGGUGCGAGUAGAGACGGUAUGGAUCUGAUGGGAGCUCUCGUCAAGGGAGCUGGUAUGACGGAAGAAUCUCUCAACGACACAGAUGCAGAGAAAGGGGGCUCGCAGCUGCUGACAGACGACGAGAUCUUGGGCAAUGCGUUUGUGUUCAUCCUGGCUGGACACGAGACAGCUGCUAACACCAUUCAUUUCUCGAUGCUCUUCCUGGCCAUGCACAUGAAAUCGCAGAAACGAUUGCAGGAGGACUUGGAUUCGAUUCUGGGCGACAAACCAGCAACUGAGUGGGACUACGACAGGGAUAUGCCUCGCCUGUUCGGCAGCAUGGGCGGAGCCGUGAUGAAUGAACAGUUGAGGAUCCUUCCUCCGGUCAUUGGGAUUCCCAAGACGACGCCCAAGGAUCAACCGCAGGGUUUGAUUUAUGAGGGACGGAAUAUCACCGUUCCAGGCUCGUGCUAUGUUACCCUUGCCACAGCUGCAACGCACCGCAACCCGAAAUACUGGUCUCACACUUCAGAGGAGGACCUCGUGGAUUUCAGACCCGAACGCUGGUUGCUCGACCCAUCGAAGGAGAACUCCAACUCAGAAGCCAACACCUAUGAGGAAGAGGAAGGCCUCGACUUUGACGGUCCUGACAAGCGACCCGAUACUGCAGCCUCACCCUUCCGCCCUCCAAAGGGAUCUUAUGUACCAUUCAGCGAAGGGUAUCGAUCGUGUCUCGGGCGCAGGUUCGCCCAGGUGGAAAUCCUCGCUGUUCUUGCCAUCGUCUUCAAGACGUGGACCGUGGAGCUUGAUGUCAGCGAGUAUCUCUCGGAUGAGGAGUUCAAAACUGCGACUCCGGAACUGAGGCAGGAGGCGUGGAAUAAGGCAAAUGAGAGGGCGAAGGACUUGCUUGAGAAUGGGAUGAUGACGAUUAUCACGCUGCAGAUGAGGAAAGGAAAAGUGCCGUUCAGAUUCGUGAAGAGGGGAUGUGAGAGGUUCAAGGCUUAA